GUGUGUUGAUUUUCCUUCUUGUGGCGUCUUUGUGAAUCUGCAGUGGAGAGUUUGGCAGCCUACUGCGUUCAUUUCACAGCUAACAGUGCAUCCACACCAAAGAGAUGGCUCUUCUGGUGGAGCACCAGUUCAGACAGCUGCCAGCUGACAGACAGGUGGAAACCAGACCGUUUCUGGAUGCUGUGUCGUACCUUCCAACUUUCUUUGACUGCCUUGGCCCAACCAUUUUUGCCCCAAUAAAAUCUGAUAUAUGCAGCAACAUCACAAAAAUCAAGGCAGUUUAUGAUACCAACCCUGGACGCUACAAGACACUUCAGAUGCUUCUAGAGGCUGAGAAGGAAAUGCAUGGAGGUGAAUGGCCUAAAGUUGGAGCAACGCUCGAGCUUAUGUGGCUCAAAAGGGUUCUCAGAUUUAUCCAAGUGUUCCUACAGAGCCUGGUGGACGGGGAAAAGGACAACAGCAACCCCAACCUUAUCCGAGUCAAUAUCACCAAAGCUUAUGAAAUAGCCCUGAAAAGGUAUCAUGGGUGGUUUGUUCAGCAGCUCUUCAAGGCAGCUCUUUAUGCCGCUCCCUACAAGUCAGAUUUCCUGAAGGCGCUCUCCAAAGGUCGGGAGGUGAAGGAGGAAGAAUGCUUGGAAAAAAUCAGGAAAUUUCUCAUCAACUUCUCUUCCACUGUGGAUGCUGUUUAUGACAUGUUUAGUAGAAUGAACGCUGAUCUCGACUACAAGGUGUGACGAUGGGAGUCUUCGUUUUUGCAGCUACAUCAUGGCUUCCUUUCACUGUCACAGGAGAAAUCCAUUUUCGAUCUGCUAUUGUUUUUAAAUAAAAAAAACAUAUCAUUUUCUGUUUUGCCUUACCUGUUCCCUUUCUGUAUUUUGGGGGGAACUUGAGAAAAGGAUCCACCCACCGUAUUAUCCUACAGUAAUUUAGGAUUCUAAAAAAUCCUCACAAAUCCAUCAAACCUUCAUCAUAAAGUUUUGUGCUGUUUGUUUUUGUCUUCUGGUGGAUUUCUUUGACUGUUUACAUUUUUUUAAAGAAAUGUCUAAUAUUGAUCAUCCAUUUUUGUCCUAAGUAGACAGCAUGUCUCAUUAAAGUGGCCCUGUUGCUUUCAUCUUUGUGUUCAUUUUUUUAUAUUGACUUCUAUGUGUCUCUGUUUCCCUAACCACAGCACUUACUUGGACAACAAGUAGUUCUUUGUAGAUAUACUAUAUAAAUAAAUUGACCUUGACUUCAUGGGUCAGUAUGUAUGAACAGGAUGGUCAAACUGAGAGAAAAAUGCAGAUUAUCACUCAUGAUAAUCUGCAAGGUCUGCUGUCCUUUCUGGUCCAGGACAAAUUUUCCUUGUUUCUUGAAGCAACAUGAAGAGGGAAAUCCAGUUGCUUUCUAGUUAAGUUCUUUUGAUUAUUUCCACUUGGCUGACUAUGAAUGAACACUAACAUAUAUUCCCACAAGAUUUCCACAGUUUUUUUCCCCCCACUUAGUUCUUAGCUGUAAGACUAAUAAGAAAAAUUGUAUUCCUCUUUGGUUUCAGUGUAAAAGGAGAGCACAUCUUCUUAUAAGCCAAUGUCUAGUUUUCUCCUACCUUUUGCAUAUAAUGCAUUUGCUGCCAAAUAUGAAUCCACUUCGAAAUUCCCUUUUCUGAUUUCAUUAAAUCAUUUUAAAUCAAUCAUUUUCAUUAAUUUAACAUAUCACAUUUUAAAGAUAUUCUUACAGGAGUUUUUGUUUUCAUUAUUAUUCUUCAUGUAAAAUACACUAAAGUAAAGUCCAUGUAUCUUUUUCUUCUUUGCUCAAAUUAAGGUAGGUCUUUUUUUUCCAGAGGUCAGUCUAUGAAGUCAGUCUAGGUAGUUUCAUUUAUAUCCACGCUUGGAUGUAUUGUUUCAGAAAAAGCUACAACAUUGAUUUGGACAUGUGAAUUUCCAUUCUUUAUCAGCAAAUUUAGUACAUUUCUUUUGCUAAUUUAUAAAGUACCUUUUAUACUAAAAGCUGCUCAUAUUGUUGAAGUCAUAUAAUUCAACUGUACAGGAUUCUAGACAGUAAACUCACAAUAUGAAAAAUACUAUUACAGAACAAAUAAGUAUCCAGUUAUAUUAUUAAAAAUGGGUCCAUGUACAUGAACUGGGGUCUUUACACACACUCUAACCAAUUUGUCUGAGAUGAGCUAGUGUGCAAAGCAGAAUGAGUAAAAGAGUCAGCCAUGUAAAUACUUAGAAAGUCAUGACUGAGUCUCAUUAACACGCUUACAAAAUAAACUUUAAAGUACAUUUGUUUAUAUUCUCUGCAGGAAAGCUUUUCAGUUUUAUUUUCGUCUUAAUAAGAAAUGUUCUCUUUAGUUGAAAUAUUUAAACAAAGCCAACAGUAGUACCUGACCUUUCUCACACACCGUAGAGGUCAGUGUUACAACAAGGUUAAUAUUUUAUAAUGAAGUACCUCUGAAAUCCAAGGAACCGUCAGGAGAAAACAGUGUUUCAUUUGAGUUUCUGGUCAAACCUGUUUUUAUUUUGUACAUGACAACAAGUGAUCCCUUCUGACUUCCCUCUGUGAAUUUGAAUACGUGAUAAACAUAUCACCAUUUGUGAAACCACAAAAAAGCCCAUUAAAGAAACAAAGUAAAUUUAACUCAAAUAAUAGCAUAAAAAGAACCCAACAUAUCAAAGUAAGUCAGAAUCAAAUCAGCAAACCUAAAGACGAUGACACUUUUAUCGUAAAGUAGCUUGAAAAUUCAGGGAACUAUCAGGAACUGACUGGUGUUUGAUUUGGGUCUCUGGUGGAACCUGUUUUUUUUGUUUUGUUUUUUGUUAUUUGUGCAUGAUUUCCCCUCCAGGGUUAAGGCAUGCUGGCCUGCCACACCCUGCUUAUAGACCACUCCACUUUGUGUUUUCAAAAGGUGAGAAAAUGCCACUAUUAAGAUUAUAUUAUUUUUUUACUAAGAUGCAGAUGACUAAUAACCUCUAAUAACCUCUGCUCUUUUUAAG